AGGUUUGGAGGUAUGGGCUCUGCCCCCCAAGUGCACAUCACAGGGCCAGAGGAGGACGGGGUGCACGUGGUGUGCACAGCCUCGGGCUGGUUCCCGAAGCCCCAGGUGCAGUGGAGAGACCCCCAUGGGGAAAAGUUACACGAGUUCUCUGAGGCCUACCUCAAGGACACUGAGGGACUGUUCAGCGUGAAGGCCGCUCUGGUGGUGAGAGACAGCUCUGUGGGGAGCGUGACCUGCUCCAUCCUCAAUCCUGUCCUGGGCCAGGAGAAGGCCAUGGCCAUUGUCACCCCAGAGCCCUUCUUCCCCCGGGUCUCUCCCUGGAAGCCGGCUUUCCUGGUGAUCCUGACCUUGCUGCUGCUCCUGCUCCUGGGGGCUGCCUGCUACACUUGGAGAGAACAUUCCACACAGAUGCGGGAGCUGCAGGAACAGAGAAGUCUGCGCUGGACUAAAGAGGAGGAUAGACAGACCAAGGAGGAGGCCCUGAAGGACAGAGGUGAACUCCAGGCAACUCUAGACCAGAGGAAGGCAGCUUACCUGGCUGCCUGGAGGAAGGCCCAGCUGUAUGCAGAUUGGCGGAAGGAGAAGUUCCAGGCCUGGUCUGUCACUCUAGAUCCAGGUUCCUCUCAUGACAGCAUUGUCCUCUCUCCUGACAAGAAGAUUCUGACCUUGAAGGACUCCUGUGAGGAUGGAGGAGACUCCUGCAGCAUCCUGGGCCUUGAAGGCAUCACAUCAGGACGCUGUUACUGGGAGGUGGAGGUCAAGAAUGGAGACAGAAAUGUGUGGACUCUGGGGGUCUGUAGGAGUGAUGUGAACAGGAAAGGCUGGUAUAAAGAGAUCCCAGAAAAGGGGUUUUGGACUAUGGGGCAUUUUGAUUCAGGAUUUUAUCCCUCUACGAUUGAUAACACUCUGCUAUCCCUAAGGCAGGUUCCCCACAGGGUGGGGGUUUUCCUGGACUAUGCUCAAGGGACGUCUCCUUCUAUGACAUGA